AUCAAAUAUGUCAACGGUGUUGAACACAGGACUAGGGCACAUGGCCGGAAGUAAGAUAGAAAUUAUGAUCAGCUGCACCAACUUGGCGGAUCUAGACGAUUUCACGAAAUCUGAUCCGAUGUGUGUUUUGUUUGUCCGACAGUUUGGACAGUGGAAAGAGUACGAGAGGACCGAAGCCAUCAGGAACACACUCAAUCCGCAGUUCGUCAAAAGCUUCAUUUUGGAGUUUGAACCUGGUCUCACACAACAAUUAAUGUUUUCAGUGUAUGACAUUGAUAGCAGAUCCCAGGAUCUUAAGCAUCACGACUACGUAGGAUCUGUAGAAGACAAUCUUCUUAAUCUAAUAGAUGAAAACAAUCUGAUCAAAACCACCAACAAAAACCUUCGUGUUCCCGGGCAUGCCAAAAGUCGGGGGUUAAUCAGUAUAACUACAGAGGUUGUCAAGGAAUCGCGGAAUAAAGUGUCCAUUCAUGCUGGAGGUCACAAACUUGACAAAAAAGGGGUUCUGUCAUUAAAUAAGCCAGACACAUAUUUCCAAAUAUCGCGAUGUAUCGAUGGUACCACAGGCUCAACCUAUCAACCGGUGUAUCGGACAGAAAUCGUCCACAAGUCAACCAAACCAAGAUGGCGACCGUUUGAGAUUAAUCUUCAACCUUUGUGCAAUAGUGACAUGGAUAGAGGAAUCCAGUUCUCCGUGUGGCAUUUCAGUGGCAAUGAUUACCACCUGGUAGGACGCAACAACACAACUCUCCGAGAGAUGAGCCAGAGGGAGGGGAAUGGAAGUUUUAUGGAGGUUUACUUAUCAAGUCCGAAAAAAGAAACAAAGAACAAAAAGAACACUUUAGCUGGAACCUUACGCUUCUUCCGGUUCAAAAUAGACAUGCAAUACUCACUGUUUGACUUCAUCAGAGGGGGACUUCAGCUACAACCCGUAGUGGCAAUAGAUUUUACUGCUUCAAAUGGUGCAAUAGAAGAAGAUUUAUCUCUACACAGUCUCAGCAAUACAAGGGAAAAUCAAUACAUGGAUGCAAUGGACACACUAGGUGCAAUGAUAUGUCAGUAUAAUAUAGAGCAACAAAUUGCCCUGUUUGGAUUCGGUGCAAACUGGAAAAAUAAGCAGAAAGUCUCUCACUGCUUCCCUCUUUGUGAAGAUGUAUUUGUGAAAGGAAUAAAGAAUGCCAUCAGCCAGUAUGAGGGGGCUCUACCAUUACUCCAUUUUUCUGGUCCGACUCAGCUGGCUCCGAUGUUGGAGAAGGCAGCGUCUUUAGCAGAAUCUCAGAAUAUGUCUCAGAACAAGCAGGUCUAUACCGUCUUAAUGGUCAUCACUGAUGGCGUCAUUAACGAUAUCAAACGAACCUUAAGAAAAUUGAUUGCCAUCAGUCAUCUCCCCUUGUCUGUAAUUUUUAUUGGUGUUGGACCUGCAGAUUUUAGCCUCAUGGAACAGUUCCAUAUAAAUACAGACACCCCUCUACAGAAUAAGAAGACAGGGGAAGUGGCAGUACGAACAAACACGUACUUUGUUGCUUUUCAUAAAGAAAAUAUCAACACUGGAGGCAAUGCAGCGCUGGCUAAAGAAGCGAUGGCAGCUCUAUCUACACAGAUCAUCCAAUACAUGAAGAAAAACAACCUGACUCCAAAUAAACCCAAACUGAUACGCAACGAAAUAAUGGACUGCUUCACAGACGAUCAGCCCAAACUUUUACCCAAAUCAAUGUCAAAGGCCAGCUUAAUAUCGGUCAAAACAACAGGUCCAGCAUGCCCUACCUGUGGUGCUCAGAUUGAACCAGGAACACAGAUUUACAGUGACAUUUUAAACACAAGUGUCACAUGACAAGAAACCAUCCCUUAAACUAUUUAUAAACUUAUUUUUUGCAACGAAUAGCCCAAAGCUUCAUCUGCAAUGUAUACUGCUGAGAAGCUAAUGGUUUUGAAUUGUGUCAGAAUCUCAGUAAUAACCAU